AUGUGAACUUCACCCCGGAAAAGCUUGAUUGAGACGAUUUCUGUCCUCGGAUGAGGUGAAUCUGUCAAAAUCAUGUCCACUAAUAAGAGGAUAACGCUCAUAUUUGGAGGCUUCAUUGCUGCUGUUGCUGUGGCUUUUUAUCCUAUAUUUUUCCAUCCUCUCACUCACACUGAAGACUACAAGCAGGUCCAGAAGAUGAAUCGAGCUGGAGUCAAUCAAGCAGAUGUGCAGCCUGUUGGUGUGAAGAUCUGGUCUGAUCCCUACAAGCCAAAAUCAUGAUUCCAGUGAUACAUGUGUGGAUGAAAACCCAAUGAAUGAAUGAAUAAACACGAGGACUGAUGUAUCACUCAGUGAGGAUUGAGUAUUUGUGACACACUUACAAUAAGUCUUUGCUACCGUGCAUCAAAUGAGGCUUUAAGGAUGUGUGAAUCUUCUCGUGUUUGUGUUUGUGUGUGUGUUUGUUUUGUGUGGGAAUAGGAUUGAAACUAGAAUGACUGAACUAAAAAUAUGUUGCUUUCUUAGUCAACAUUUAAAAAUAUUAUGUUCAUGAAUCACUUUAAUUAGUUGUGUUAAUUCUGUUGAAUGUAUGGAGUGACAUAUUAUUGUUCUCUUUCUAUUUUGAAUAAAAUACCUUGAACUGUU